GGAGGAGACUGGGCAAGCACAGUCUUCCUCGCCCAGCUACAUAGGCGGCUGCCCUCCCUUGCCCAUCGGUCGCUCGGUCGGUCCCGCUGCCAGUCUCCCCUUAGGUCCCGGUCCCGCCGCCGCCGCCAUCACCGCCGGUUAAGGCUCAGACGCUGCCCGCCUCUCCUACUUUCCCAGAGAUGAUGGAUUACACCUACGACGAUGAUCUGGACGAGCUUUGCCCAGUCUGCGGGGACAAGGUAUCCGGCUAUCACUACGGGCUGCUCACCUGCGAGAGCUGCAAGGGCUUCUUCAAGAGAACCGUGCAGAACAGCAAGCACUACACGUGUACGGAGAACCAGAACUGCAAGAUCGACAAGACGCAGCGCAAGAGGUGUCCCUACUGCCGCUUCCAGAAGUGCCUCGUGGUGGGCAUGAAACUCGAAGCCGUGCGCGCCGACCGCAUGCGGGGUGGCCGGAACAAGUUCGGGCCCAUGUACAAGCGGGACCGAGCCAUGAAACAGCAGAAGAAGGCGCUGAUCCGCGCCAACAGCUUCAAACUGGAGACCGCCCAGCCGCCCAUCGUGUCCCCGGUGCAGGCGGCGGCGGCGGCGGAGUACGGCGGGCUGUCGGCCUCGCUGCACGGCCUGAGCCACCACCACCACCAGCAGCAGCCUGGGGUGGCAAAGGCGCUGCCCCCGUCCCUCAGCGGCGGCGGCAGCAGCUCCGGCAGCGGGAUAAGCAGCUCCACCGCCAUGGCGCCCGUCGACUACGAGCGCAGCUCCUACGGGACGCCCGCGCUGGCCAUGCCGGUGCCCUCGGGUCACGGGCCGCUCUCGGGUUACCACUACCAGUCCUUCGCCAACCGGGCCAUCAAGUCCGAGUUCCCGGACCCAUACGCGACGCACCCAAACGAGGCAGCCCCGCCAUACCCCUACCCGGAGGUCUACCCCAGCGGCGGCUCCGCAGCCACUGGGGGCGACUUGCCCGACGUGAUCCUGAAGCUGCUGCAGCACGAGCCCGACGAGGCGCAACUCAAGGCCCGCAUCCUGGCCUGCCUGCAGGAGGAGCAGAGCAAGGCCCGUCACGAGAAGCUCAGCGCCUUUGGCGUCAUGUGUAGGAUGGCGGAUCAGACCCUCUUCGCCAUCGUGGAGUGGGCGCGCAGCUGCAUCUUCUUCAAAGAGCUGGAGGUGGGUGAUCAGAUGAAGCUGCUGCAGAACUGCUGGAGUGAGCUGCUGGUCUUUGACUACAUUUUCCGCCAAGUGCAUCAUGGGAAGGAGCACAGCAUCCUGCUGGUGACAGGCCAGGAGGUGAACAUGUCGACUGUCACCAUGCAGGCGGGAUCCAUCCUGAACAACUUGAUGCUGAGAGCGCACCAGCUGGUGGCUCACUUCCAUUCUCUCCAGGUGGACAGGCAGGAGUUUGUCUGCUUGAAGUUCCUCAUCCUCUUCAGCCUUGAUGUGAAAUACUUGGAGAAUUCCAGUGUGGUGAAGGAAGCCCAGGAGAAGGCUCACGCAGCCCUGAUGCAGUACACCGUCUGCAACUACCCGCACGCCACAGACAAGUUCCGCCAGCUUCUGAUGCAGCUGUCUGACAUCCGGUCCCUGAGCAUGCAAGCGGAGGAGUACCUGUACCACAAGCACCUGAGCGGGGACGUGCCCUGCAACAACCUCCUGAUUGAGAUGCUUCACGCCAAGCGGAGUUGAGAGCGCCCAGAAAGGCUCUCCAUCCCCCGUUCGUCUGGGGAAGAGACUCAUGGCAGCAGAGGGGCAAGGGUGGUGGCAGGGAGGAUUGGAGGGGUGCGUCGGGUGACAGGGAGGAAGGGUGAGUGUCUCGUCUCCCCCUCCCCACAGGCGACCUCUCCCAGUUCCGACUUUCCUACAGAGCCCAACCCUUGCCUGCCUUCUGGUGUGAUUCCUCCCGAGUCCCAGGCUCUCGCUCUCUAAAAGCCAUGGGGCUCAGCUGUGUGGGGACUGCCCUUGGAGGCCGUCUAGGGGACACUUUGGGUGGGAGUUUGUUUUCCUAACUGGGCGGAAGAGAGGUCUUCUCCCAGGGUGUGUGAGAGUGGAGGCACCUGCCCAAGCUCUCCACCUGUUCUCCAGGCAUGGUCCUCUAGCUAGGUGGCUGGGAAAAGAGAGAAAAAGGCCCAGCACAGCUACCCAUUGGAAGGCCUGCACCUCACCUCACCUGUCCCUCUGCAGGUAGUGGCCUUGUUGGCCACAAGGAUGAUUUCUGUGGCCCAUGGGCCACCACGAGAGUGAGUUUGUUGUGCCUCAGAUACACUGAAGCCCCUCUUCCCCUUGGGGCUUCAUUUUGGGAGACCUUUCUCCGAGGCCUUGCAGCUAUGAGUUGAGCAAGUCAGGUGCUCCUUUUAUUUUGAUUUUGUUAUCUGUUUAUUGCAUUCAUAUAUCUAUAUAUAUCUAUAUAUAUCCUUCCCCCUCCCGUGCACAUCACAUUCCCUGAGCCUCUACUCUGCGUUGGGAGGAUACGACAACCGAUGUUUGUUUCCUGAAUGUAUUUUUGGCCGUUGUACCUUUGGAGCAGGUGCUCAGGUCGUCUUUCUGUGUGCUUCCUGGGGUGGGGUCUUCCUUCGUCUGCCGCUGGACACAACCACUACUUUGGCUGGACAAAUAGACCCAGCUGGAAGCACUGCUUGCCCAGCCCACGACCUAAGCAGCUCUUACUACCCCGAGUGGUUUGAUGGAGACCCAGACACACGUGCCCCUCUCACAGGGCUUCCCCAUCUCCUUCUGAGGAGCAUCACACCAGGGUGUGACCCACAGACACCAGUGUGCUUGUGGGGCUUGGGAGAAGAGGCUGCAGUCCUGUACAGUGGUACUUCUGGUUAUGUACUUAAUUCGUUCCGGAGGUCUGUUCUUAACCUGAAACGGUUCUUAACCUG